UAUAAGCCGAUGGCUGAUGCACACUUUGGUAAAAGGCUUUGGAAGGAAAAUGGUGGAAGACCAAGCUCUGCGAAGAAGAUGUUGAAGUUUGCAGAAGAAACCUCAAAAUAUUCCAAUGAAGGUGAGCAGCAGGCAUUCGCUGUUAAAGAAGAGGUUCCUGAUCUGUGGAGCUCUAGUUUGGAUCAACAGAAUCCAGCAGUCCUUCGGAUAAAGAAGGAAGACGAUCCAGAUGGAGAGCCGCUUAUUGAGCGGGGAGAGCCUGAUGGCACCAGUUUUCCAUUCAACUUUGUCACAGUGAAGAUUGAAGACAAUGAUGAGAAUCCUCACUCAUCAGAGCAUCAACACAUCAAAAAAGAAAACAAAAUGGAGGAGGAAGCUCCAACCAGCAGUGAAGAGAAGACUUCAGCUUCCUCUGAUACUGAAGUCAGCGCUGAGGAUGAUGAUUGUGACGUUCACUCAUCAGCUUCUGGAUCUAAACAUGAAGACACGGGGGAGAUUAGGAACCAUCAGUCAGGAGAGAGAUCCUCAAGCUGUUGGAAUGACGCACAUUUUUCUAUAACAGAGCAAAAUGCAGAUUCACAACAAGUCCUUGAUGAGAAGAAGUUAUUAGUUUGUGACGACUGUGGUAAACCGUUUUACUAUCUGUAUCACCUCAAGCGCCACAUGGCCCGCCACACAGGAGAGAAACCCUUUCAGUGUGAGGAAUGUGGGAAAAAGUUCAGUUUGAGGGGGAAUCUAAACCAGCACAUGACGAUUCAUAAAGGAGAAAAACCUUUUGCUUGCAGCUUCUGUGACCGACGCUUCAGACUGAGCAGCUAUCUUCAAGCACACAUAGUGACACAUUUAGGAGUGAAGGCCUUUACCUGCCAGCAUUGUGGGGAAAGAUUCACGCGAGAGGAAGCUCUGAAGCGACAUGUCGUAAGGCACACUGGUGUGAAACCAUUUGCCUGUGCCAUAUGUGAGAAAAGAUUCUACCGGAAGUCUGAUUUGAAGUAUCACAUGCCGGUUCAUUCUAGAGAGCACAAGGUCAGCUCUAGACCUAGGAACUUUGCUUGUGAUGAAUGUGGGAAAAGAUUUCAUCACAAGUCUCAUGUAACGAGACACAUGAUCACCCACACUGGGGAAAAAUCGUUCAGCUGUGAUGUUUGUGAUGUUAUGUUCAAAUGGGAGAGCGCUUUAAGGAGACAUAGAAGGAGGUUUCACAAUCAGUAGUAACUGCUUCCUUGGUUCAGUCAUGUAUUUCUUAAGCUUAUGCUUUAUUGUGCCGAUAAUUCUGUGUAAUUGGAAUGGAUUAAGCUAAUUAGACAAAAAAAAAAAAAAAGGAAAGGAAUAAGAUUUAC